AUGUCGGACGGGAAGAAAGCAGAAUCGAGAGAUUCUUCGAAGACCAAGUCAGAACUUGGGUUACUUGAUGAAGAUGAUGAAUUCGAGGAAUUCCCAGUUGAAGAGUGGGGACCAGAAGAAGAUGAUGGGGAGGACCUGAAUGUUUGGGAGGAUAACUGGGACGACGACCAGGCCGAAGAUGAUUUUAGCCAACAUUUGAAGGCGGAAUUGUCGAGAGAUCCCGCUAAAAUGGAGUCCUAAUUCGAAAUGGAGACAACUGUUGUUCGGCUCGCCGGGUUUCCAAUUCCGAACGGUGUUAUACGCAGUGCUCUUUGUGUGUUAUGUCAGCUGCCUUGUCCGCGUAAACAGUUCUGAAGCUAUUUUUGUUCUGUUUUCUGAACUUGAGGGCUAUUCAAGUGCAUAAAUUUGAGCAAAAUCAAACUAGGCAUUUCAGUAUUCAUUUGACAUCGAUUAAUAAGAGCAGUACCAUCUCCUGAGUUCUCUUAUACUGGAAAGUUUAUGCGCCAUGUCUUACGAUUGAUUUUUCAUUCAAGAUUAAUUUUUUUCAACUCAUAAAUUGUCUGAUUGUUUAACGAGGAACUAACGAGAGAAACGUUCGUUGAGCCUUCGUUUGUCUCUAACAAGUGUCUUCCUAAUCUUCACAAAUCAUUUCAAAUGGCUUCUUCCUGAAAAUUUUCAUUAAUCUCAUUAUAUGUAUUUGCUCAAUUGAAUGUAAUGGGUCCCUUCAAAAUUAUUCAUUUAAAUCUAUGUAGACAGAUGUAGAACCAUUAAUCUUUGAGACAGUUGCUCGUCGAUCAGGGAUCUUCAUCCUUAGUUUCAAUGAUGGUUCUUGUUUUAACCUGGAAGUAAUUUUUGCGAGCAAAUACAAAUGGGGGAUUCAAGCGGUUUAUGUAUGUAUUCUGCAGAAGGGAAAUUCAGGAUUGAAUAGCUGUAUUGGGUGUCAGUGUUUCAAUUUCAUCAUAGUUGGACAGUUUUUCUUUCAGUUCCUUCGAGAAAAAUUGCUGAAUUUCCCCGACAAUAAAAAACUUUUAAUGUUCUCUUGUGCAAUUACUGUAAUACAUGACACGGACCAGCAAUUGAAAAGAGCGUUGAGUUUCAGCAAUUUCAGUAAAUCAAAUACUGUACUGGACUGUAUUUACCAUAAAGGAAUAAGAAGUCUCCCAACCUGAAGCAAAAGAAAGUAAUCAAGACCUUGCAAACAUCGGAAGGGAAUAGAGGUUUGUAUACCUGUUCUGAAGCUAUUCCGUAUUUUAUUUUAUUUUUUAAUUCCGGAUUAAUCUUGUGUAUUCCUGUUGGAUUUCCCUUUUCAUAUUUCAUCACACCUGUCCUGCAAUUGCUUUUGUAAAAAAAUAUUUUUUUACUUGAGUGAUUUUUUUGUGCGUACAGAUGUUGUGAAUAAAAAUGUUCAAGUUUAUGCAUUGAAUUUACGCAAUUAUUGUACAACGGUAAAGAAUUUACUUUAAGUUUUUU